AUGUCGGCCAGUCAUCAACAGCCACAAGCCCACUCUGAACAACAACAGCGGCGGCAGCAGCAAGAGCCGUGUCCUCUCCCACAGCACUCGACAGCGACAGCGACCGGUGUGUCUCCACCUCCUACCCGAUCCGGAAUACCGGUGGCGAGUGCGAGUGCUGGGCCACCAGAUCUGAACCUGGCCGGCCUGAGGAUAUCAGACGCGGACGUGGACACGGACGCACCCACACCUCGUUUCUCAAGCGACACGUCUGCCAGUGUUCCAUCUGUCAACAGUGACACACGGUUGGCCGCCAGGGCCGCCCCGCCCCAGUCUAACUGUACGAGCUCCAGUCCCAGCCAGCCCCAACCACCGCACGAAGAAGCCGUGGCGCUGGUCCGCCUCACGUCGGCAGACAGCGAGGGAAGGCUUCACCGCGGAGCGGCGCUGCGGUCGCCACCAGGCUCGAUCCGGCGGCCAUCAGGUGCCACCGGUGCCAGUACCGGUGCCGGUGCCGGCUCGAUGGGCGCGCGGCGACAGGCUGCUCGUCCCCUGUCCCUCCUUGGCGCCCCGCUGGGAGACUACCAGAGCGACGACGUGCUCAAUGCCCCGGCGCCAGUGAGCCCGCACAGCCCGCACACGCCGUCGCCGCUGUCCCCGCUCGACGGGAGGGGCAAGGGAAAGGGCAAGGGCGAGGGCGAGAUGGACGUGGGCAGGGAGAGGAGGCCAACGGCCUCGUCGCCCAUGGCCACCAGUACCACCUCGUCGACCGCGGCAGCGGCCGCUGUCGACCAAGCGACUGCCGUGUCCGUGUCCCCGAGCAGUACAUCCGUGACGGCACCGCUACCGGUGCCAGCUAGCGCGCGCCCGCAGGCGUCCACGGCCCGCGUGCCGCGCGUACGGACGCCGACGGUGCCCCGCCCCGCGUUCGCGCCACACACCGCCGACUGGACGCGCGAGGCCUGGGCAGGACGUAAAGUCGCGCUGGUGACGGGCAUCACGGGCCAGGAUGGCAGCUACCUUGCAGACUUACUCCUCGCCAAGGGAUACCACGUCCACGGGAUCAUCCGCCGCUCGUCGUCGUUCAACACGUCGCGCCUGCACCACCUGUUCGGCAACGAGCGCGUCGAGCGCCUGGCGCUGCACUAUGGCGAUUUGACGGACACCACGGCGCUCGUGCACAUCAUAUCCCAGGUCCAGCCGUCCGAAGUGUACAACCUCGGCGCGCAGUCGCACGUCAAGGUCUCGUUCGAGAUGGCGCAGUAUACCGCCGACGUGGACGGGACCGGCACGUUGCGGCUCCUGGACGCGAUCAGGACGUGUGGUCUCGACCAGCUGGCCAAGUUCUAUCAGGCGAGCACGUCGGAGAUGUACGGCCAAGUCCAGGCCGUGCCUCAGGACGAGGACACACCGUUCUACCCGCGCUCGCCCUAUGGCGUGGCCAAGCUGUACGCAUACUGGAUCACGGUCAAUUAUCGCGAAUCGUACGGCAUGUUUGCGUCCAACGGUAUCCUGUUCAACCACGAGUCGCCCCGCCGGGGCCGUACCUUCGUCACGCGCAAGAUUUCGCGCGCCGUCGCCGAGAUCUCGCUCGGGCGGCAGGAGUGCAUGUACAUGGGCAACCUGGAUGCGAUGCGCGACUGGGGACAUGCACGCGACUACGUCGAAGGCAUGUGGCGCAUGCUCCAGCACCCCACCGCCUCGGACUUUGUCCUGGCCUCGGGCGAGUCGCACAGCGUGCGCGAGUUCAUCGAGGCGGCGUUCCGCGUCGUCGGGCGGUCCAUCGCCUGGUCGGGCGCCGGCGUCGACGAGGUGGGCACCGACGACCUGGGAAACGUGGUCGUGCGUGUCGACCCGCGGUAUUUCCGCCCGGCAGAGGUCGAGCGGCUCCUGGGGGACGCGGGCAAGGCGCGGACAGUGCUCGGGUGGACGCCGACGGUGAGCUUUGACCAGCUCGUGGAGGAGAUGGUGCUCGCCGACAUGGCGAGUGCAAAGUAUCUGGUCGAGGAUUUGAACUAG